AAAGUUUUAGUUUUACACGCAUGCGCACAGCCAUAGUAAAUAUUGCGCGGGUUGCAGUUUUUCCGCGAAAGUUAAGUUUUCUGACGAAGAAAGAAGCUUUAUAUUUACAUUAAUAAUAAAAAAUGGCUAUUGACUUGACAGAAGGCGCAAUUGAGGCGAUAACUAGUGGUAAUCCAUGUGAUUCUCCAGUUUUCCAGAUAAUUAGCUCAAAGUUGAUAUCAUCUGGAAGUGGGACAGACAGAUACCGUCUUCUGUUGUCAGAUGGAAGAAACAGUUACUCUCAUGUGAUGCUUGCCACACAACUCAAUGAGAUGAUGCAGUCUGGAGAAAUGGACAACCACUGUGUUAUUCGUGCCAAACAGUACAUCUGUAACACUCUACAGGGAGACAGACGGGUUAUGAUAUUACUGGAAUUGGAAGUGCUUGCAAAAGGUGCCGAGGUGAAUGGGAAGAUUGGGAACCCUGUACCUCUCAAAGCGGGUCAAAGUGCAGAGCCGGCACAACAGGCUCCGCCCUCAAACUCUGUGUCAAACGCAAUGGCUAACAAACCAGUCCAAAGUUCUAUUAUAAAUGGAGCAAAAAGUCCUCCUUCAAACAAGGCAGCUUUCAAUAUAAAGCCAGGUACCCCUGGGACACCAGGCAGUAACAGAAUACACAGCAUUGCCAGUCUGACACCAUACCAAAACAGGUGGAGGAUUCGUGCUCGAGUUACACAGAAAAGCAACAUCCGAACAUGGAGUAACUCUAAAGGUGAAGGCAAGUUGUUCAGCGUGAAUUUGAUAGACGAGAGUGGUGAAAUAAGAGCUACAGGGUUUACCGAUACAGUAGACAAAUACUUCAAUAUGUUGGAGGUCAAUAAGGUAUACUAUAUUACAAAAGCAACUUUGAAGACAGCCAAUAAGCAGUACACCUCAGUGAAGAACGACUAUGAAAUGACAUUCAACCAUGAUACGAUUAUUGAACCUUGCGAGGAGCAGACAGAUCUACCCACAAUGACAUUUGACUUUGUUAAAAUUGAUAGCUUGGAAUCGAAGCAGCCAAACACUGUAAUAGAUGUUUUAGGAGUGGUGAAAGGUGCCAAUGAUGUUUCAACAGUUACUGGUAAACAAAGUAAGAAAGAAAUAUCUAAGAGAGAUGUUCAGUUAGUCGACCAGUCCGGUAUGGUGGUGAAUCUUACACUCUGGGGAUCAGACGCUGAGACAUUUAAUGCCGAUGGUAAUCCGGUGCUCGCGUGUAAAGGUUGCCGGCUGUCAGACUGGGGUGGUCGUUCUCUGUCAGUACUUGCCAGUAGUCAGAUGCUGAUCAACCCUGAUAUGAGAGAAGCACAUUUGUUGAAAGGUUGGUGGCAGAGAGAAGGACAAAAUAAAAGUGAUUUUUCAGCGUACAGAUCUGAAGGUGGCACUGGAGCUGCUGGUUCUGGAACAAAUUGGAAAACGUUUGGUCAGUUAAAGAAUGAGAAUAUUGGACAGGGAGAUAAACCUGAUUAUUUUACAUCAAAGGGAACAGUUAUCUUUCUUAGAAAAGAAAAUUCUAUGUAUAUGGCAUGUCCUACAGAUUCAUGUAAUAAGAAAGUUGUGGAUCAAGGGAAUGGAAUGUACAGAUGUGAGAAAUGCAAUAAAGAAUUCCCCAACUAUAAAUGGAGAAUGAUUCUCUCGGUAAACUUGGCAGACCAUACUGGUAACCAGUGGGUGACUUGUUUCCAGGACUCGGCAGAGUGUAUUCUUAAUGUGAAAGCUGAUGAUCUUGGGAAUAUGAAGGAUACGAAUGAGGCACAAUUUGACCAAGUGUUCACAGAGGCUAACUUCAAAACUUACAUUUUCAAGCUCCGAGCUAAAGUGGAAACCUAUAAUGAUGAAAGUCGCCUCAAGACAGUUUGUGCAAAUGCUACACCAGUUGACUGGGUGACCGAUGGUAAAAGAUUAAUCGAAGAAAUAAACACUAUGCUGAACUAAAGUUGUGUUUAGUGAAACGUGUGUUCAAAGAAACUUUACAUAAAUUAAGAUCAUGUUGUAGAACUAUAGGGUUUUUGAUAAAUAUGUCAAGUAGAAAGUUUUGUAUUUUUCAAACAGCAUGUGUGGGAAUUGGUUAUAUUUAAUUUGUUAUUUAGAGGUAGCCAUGUUUAAAGAAACCAUGUUUUGAGAAUGUUUUUGUUGAUUUCUGUGUUUACAGUGUAGAAUUUUUUUUACCUUUAUAAGUAUCAUGUGUUUAUUGAUAAAUAAUAAGUGUUAAAAUAAACGAAAACGGGUAUUAAAAUGAAGAAACUUUAGGAAAACUAAGGAAAAUACUCUUGAAGUUUCUGAAAUUUAAACUUGAUGAUAAUGUACUUUGUAUUAAAUCCAUUUAUCUUUGGCCUCGGACAAUUUAAAUAUUGGAAUAAAUGAGUUUAUCUGUUUAAUUCCAUCACACUUGAUGUGACAUACUUGUUUGCUGUAAACAAUAACUUGAAUUAAUUCUGAUUGUUUUAGCUGAAAGUGUAUGGAUAUAGUGCUAAAUUUUAUUUUUUUUUUGUUUCUUUGUGUUGGACUUGAAUGUUUUUAGGUCAGUUUAAAUUAACAAAAAAAGAGUGAGAUUUUGUUUAUGUUUUAUGUUUAUUGAUAAUAAGCCUAGCCUAGCCCAGCUCACAUAUUUAAGCAUUUUGACCAGACAGUGCAGCCAAUUUAUCAAAUUCUAUUAAACUUACAUUGAACAGAUUCAGGUCCCAAUUUGAAGUAAAAUAUCAUAUGUCCAUUUAAUAAGAUCAAAAGUGGAGGUUCAAUUAAUAUUUCCGAGUUUAGAAUUUAGAAAGAAAACAAUGCUGUGAAAUUUUUGACCAGUUCACUUGCCUGGAUUUUUUUAAUGUGUUCAUUUGUAUAUGUAAAAAAGGAAGAAAAAGCAGGAAGAAAGAUGACUUAUAUAUAUAUAUAUUGUUGCAUUAUAAUUAUGUCAAUAAACAAACUAAAAGUGA